UAGGGUAAUUGUUUUAUCACCAGUUGAAUCACAGAAGCCUUGGAAUCAUGAGCAACUGGGUGAUUAACCAUGGACUGUCUGCCCUGGUUAUUGUGGCAUGGCUGGGAAUCAACAUCUUUCUUUUUGUCUAUUAUUACAUGUUUUAUGAGUACAAUCCAGAGUUUUAUUACACAAGGGCAAUUGUUGGAUCUGCACUAGCCUGGGCACGAGCUCCUGCUGCCUGCCUCAACUUUAACUGCUUGUUGAUCCUGCUGCCUGUGUGCCGGAAUCUACUAUCCUUCCUCAGAGGAUCCUGCUCCUGUUGCAGGUGCAGUGCAAGAAAACAGCUGGACAAGAACAUCACAUUCCAUAAACUGGUGGCUUAUAUGAUUGCCUUGCAAACAGCAAUUCAUAUUGUGGCACAUUUACUGAACUUUGAAUGGUUCAACAACAGUCGACAGUCAAAAGAACAGACAUUGGACGCUGUACUGUCCCGUAUUGGGGACAAUACCAGCAGCUGGUUGAAUCCUAUUAGGUCAGAUCAGACGACUCCCAAUUAUGUUGCAUUCACCACUAUAGCUGGUCUAACUGGGGUCAUCAUUACACUUGCACUUAUCAUCAUGAUCACAUCCUCGACAGACACCAUUCGCAGAUCGUACUUUGAGGUCUUCUGGUUUACACAUCAUCUCUUUGUCAUAUUUUUUGCAGGGCUUGUCAUCCAUGGAAUUGGCCGUAUUGUUCGAUAUCAGACUGCUGCCAGCAUGGAGGUACAUCAACACAUGUUCUGUCAAAAUCGCACAGCGGACUGGGGGAAGAUCCCUGAAUGCCCAGUUCCUUUGUUCGAGGGAGGAGAUCCUAUGACUUGGAAGUGGGUGCUUGGGCCAAUGAUACUCUAUGUCUGUGAGAGAUUAAUACGACUGUAUCGAUCCCAACAGAGGGUUGUCAUCACCAAGGCUGUCAUUCAUCCAUCGAAGGUCCUUGAGUUGCAGAUGCAGAAGAAGGGUUUUAAAAUGGAAGUGGGACAAUACAUCUUCAUCAACUGUCCAUCCAUCUCACAGCUGGAGUGGCACCCCUUCACUCUGACCUCUGCCCCAGAAGAGGAUUACUUCAGUGUUCACAUUCGAUCAGCUGGUGAUUGGACGGACGGCAUGUUUCAAGCAUUUGGAGAGAAUAAAGAUGAGGCAGUGGACCAAAUGCAACCAAGGAUUGCAGUGGAUGGUCCUUUUGGUACAGCUAGUGAGGAUGUCUUCCAAUAUGAGGUCAGCGUUCUGGUUGGAGCUGGCAUCGGAGUGACUCCAUUUGCAUCCAUUCUGAAGUCCAUUUGGUACAAAUAUGAGAAAUCUGUUGCUGGGCUGCUGACGAAAAAGAUUUACUUCUACUGGAUCUGUCGAGAGACCCAGGCGUUUGAAUGGUUUGCCGACCUCUUACGGUCACUUGAGAGUCAAAUGGAACAAUUGGGCAAGCAUGACUUCCUCAGCUACAAACUCUAUCUGACUGGCUGGGAUAGUACACAGGCCACUCACGUAAAGGUGCACAUCGAUAAUGAGACUGACGUGGUGACCGGACUCAAACAGAAAACACACUAUGGCAGACCCAACUGGGACAGAGAGUUUCAGAUGAUUGCACAGGCUCAUGCCAAAACAACUAUUGGAGUUUUCCUGUGUGGACCACAACCUCUGGCUAAAGUUUUAGAACAAUGCUCAAACAAGUACUCUGAGGUCAACCCUUUGGGAGUCCAUUUCCAUUUCAACAAGGAGAAUUUCUAGGUUUCGGGGGAAGACCAAAUAAUGGAAGAAUACUGAAGAGGCAAUGCUUAUUUUAUAGGGCGUUCCCUUCCCAAAGCAAUUCUGAAGAUGUGGCAUUAAUGUUCUGAAUACAUACUAGCGGAUCAUCUUGAAAUUCACUGGCUAUGCAGGCUGGAAUUCUCUAAUCUUUAGACUGCAGAUUUUUCCCAUUCAUUUUAAUGGCUGGAGAAUCAAGGACCCACAAAGUAAGGUGUGCAUAAUGAGUGAUAUUGUCAUCACAAUAAGAUAGUCAGAAUGCUCAACAGAAAUGUUAUUGUGGAUUAAAUGUAAACUAAAAAUAUUGGAUGGGGUUUUCUGGCCCCACCCACUGUUGCAAUUAUCACAGCUAGGACGGAAAAUUUGACAGACCAGCCAAAGGUCCAUUGAUUUUGGGCAGGAAUUUCCGGCCCUGUGGCAGGUGGGACCGGAAAAUCCGGCUCUAAUUUUUAAUUGUUUAUUUUUGUCCAUAUAUUCUCUCAAACCUGAAUUGAAAUGGAGGAAAUUCAAAAACCACACAAAUUUUCACCAAAGAUGAACUUGGGGAUGUCACGUUUGAGCACACUGGGAUAACGAUCACUGUUCCUUCCACGGCGCGAUUGGUACCAGACUGGCUAUGGCACCGUAGAAGUGCAACUAGUGCAAUGACUCUGAUCAGGGAUGGUGUUUCCUCUGGCUGGGGUGUCUAGAACAAGGGUUUACAGUCUCAGGACACGGGGUAGACCAUUUAGGACUGAGAUGAGGAUAAACUUCUUCACUCAAAGGUGGUGAACCUAUGGAAUUCUUUACC